AUGACUUUGACUGGAGUCAGCACCAAGGACGUGGACAACAUGCCCGACGAUGAGCACGCGGUUCUUACUCUUAGAAAUUUGAUUUUCGACAUCUGCAACCAAAAUGGUGGAGGCCAUGGCGGAUCCGCUAUUGGUAUGGCUGCUAUAGGCGUGGCUUUAUGGAAAUACAUCAUGCGGUAUAACCCCUCAAAUCCAGACUGGUUUGACAGAGACCGAUUUGUGCUUUCCAACGGACAUUGCGCCAUGUUCUUGUAUGCCCUCAACCACUUGACAGGAUUCGAUGCUUGGACAAUGGACGAGCUAAAGGGCUAUGGUGGCGCGAAGGAGAAUGGCUUCACCACCAUCGCACACGGCCAUCCGGAAAUUGAAUGCCCCGGCAUUGAAGUUACCACUGGAAUUGCCAACUCCGUUGGCUUGGCUAUUGCUUCCAAGAACCUGGCAGCCCGGUUUAACAAACCCGGUUAUGAAGUAGUCAGCUCCCGAGUUUACUGCAUGACGGGUGAUGGCUGCUUGAUGGAAGGUGUUGCUCUGGAAGCAAUUGCAUUGGCAGGCCAUCUCCAACUGGAUAAUCUGGUGUUAGUAUACGACAACAAUGGUAUCACUUGUGAUGGCCCUCUUUCGUGGAUUAACACCGAAGAUACCAACCAGAAAAUGCGAGCUUCCGGGUGGCAUGUUCUUGAUGUAAUGGACGGAUGUUAUAACGUUCAAGCCAUUUGCUCAUCUCUAAGAUAUGCCCAAUCCUUAAAAGGGAAGCCCACUUUUAUCAACAUCCGUACCGUCAUUGGUGUUGGUACUAGCACAGCUGGAACAGCGAAAGCACAUCAUGGAAGCUUUGACGUUGAAAGCGUUGCGAAGUCCAAGUUGGCGAUUGGACAAGAUCCCUGUCAAAGCCACAAACCCACCGCACGUGGUUUGAACUACUUCCGGGAACGAAAAAAGCACGGAGAAGCCUUGGAAAAGUGUUGGCAACAUUUGCUGAUGAAAUACACCCUCGAGUAUCCCGAUUUGGCGAGCGAAUUUACCUUUCGACUCCGGGGUGCGAAGCCAGACUUGGGGUCACUUCUCCAGGGUUUGGAUAGCAGCCAGUUCAGCCAAAUGCCAACCAGGGAGUCAAACGGACUCAUCCUUCAAAAACUUUGGGAAACAUGUCCUUCAUUUUGUGGUGGUGGUGCAGACCUUGUCAACUCCAACAAGUUUGUUUACUCGGACACCGAUGUCUUUCACCCCUCAGUCAGCUACCAGGGCCGAUACAUCAGAUAUGGCAUCAGAGAGCAUGCUAUGGCCUCUAUCUCAAAUGGUCUUGCGGCGUACAACCCGGGUACCUUUUUGCCAGUCACCGCAACAUUUUUGAUGUUCUACAUCUAUGCAGCUCCUGGAGUGCGUAUGGGAGCUCUUAGUCACCUUCCAACUAUUCAUGUUGCAACUCACGACUCGUUCGCCGAGGGGCAGAAUGGACCUACUCAUCAGCCAGUGGAGCUUGACUCCUUAUAUCGGGCCAUGCCAAAUCUCACAUAUAUCCGGCCAUCUGAUGCCGAAGAGGUGAUCGGCGCUUGGAUGUGUGCCGUAGAAUCCGCAAGCAGUCCGACGAUGAUUUCCGUUGGUCUCAGCUGUGGUACGAGUUUGCACCAUGCCAUUCGUGCUGCAAACGAGCUGCAUGAGCAAAGUUCCAUUCGUUGCCGGAUUGUCAGUGCUCCUAGCCUCGACCUGUUUGAUCAACAACCCGCAGAAUACAGAGAGUCUGUUUUCCCCCUCGAUGGAAACCCCAUCAUCAGUGUGGAGGAAUAUGUGGCCACCACGUGGGCACGUUAUGUUACAGCCAGUGUGGGCAUGACAUCCUACGGUUACUCUGCGUCUAACCCGAGCAACUACAAGCGCUUUGGAUUGGAUACGCGCGGAAUUGUCUCUCGGGUUAAGAAAUACCUCGAGUUCUUGAACGGCCGCAGUGCAAGACAGAUGGGUUGGCGAUCAAUCUAA